AUGGCCGCAGCCAGUGUGGUCGCUUUCUUCUCUACCGCCGUAUUCCUCGGAAAUGUCGCUUUCAGUGCGACAGGAUUUGCAAUGGCAAUUGUUUUCCUCUUCCUAUAUCAGCUUGGAUCGUUAGCGUGGCUUGAUUGUUGUAACAUUAGAUACGCUGUUUUUAUACAAACAAUUGGUUUCGUUGUCAUACUCCCAAUCACACUAUGGCGUUCUUAUCUAAGAGAUAACAUUCGUACCGAGUUACUGGUUGCGUUUGUUCCAAUCACAUUUGCAGGAACGCCGCUUGGUCAAUACCUGCAAGAUUUCACUCCGGUAGGGGCUUUAAAGGUUCUGAUUGGCUCCCUGACGAUACUAGUUGCAGCCUGGCAGAUUCAUGAGUACUGCAAGAAAAGAAGGAAAGAAAAGCGACUUGAAAAGAACAAUGAAUCGAAAGUGGUCGAAGACAACGUUUUGACAGCUCUUGAGCAGGAGGAGAGACCAACGGUCGGGCAGCAAUUGGCUUCACACUAUAAUCUCGGAAAGCAAAGUCAUAGCAACACCCCAACCCUCCUCAUAUCUUGA